AUGGGGUUGUCUUCUCUGAUUGUAUCAAACAAUAGGAAGCAUAUUGUAGUUGUGUUCAUAGGUCUAGUAUUAACCUUGAAGAUAGCUUUGAUUUCUGCCGUCAAUGAAGAAAGCCAGAUUUACACGGUUCAUUUGGGUGGGAGGCAACAUGAUGAUCCUAAUCUUGUUACUGAAUCACAUCAUGACAUUCUCGGACCACUUCUUGGAAGCAAGGAAGCUUCCCGUGAGUCUAUGAUUUAUAGUUAUAGACAUGGUUUCUCAGGCUUUGCAGCGAAACUCACAUCAUCCCAAGCAAGGGAACUGUCAGAGCAUCCUCAUGUUAUUCACGUAACGAAAAGCAAGAGUAUGAAGCUGAAAACAACAAGGGUUAGUGAAUACUUGGGACUCACUCCAACCGCUCCAACCGGUCUUAUUCAUGACACCGAUAUGGGAAGUGAAGCAAUCAUAGGAAUCCUAGAUUCAGGAAUAUGGCCAGAGUCAGAGUCGUUCAAUGACAACGGACUUGGACCCAUCCCCGCACGUUGGAAGGGACGAUGUGUUUCAGGAGAAGGGUUCAACGCAUCGAGCUGCAACAGAAAGUUGAUCGGAGCUAGAUACUACGCAAAUGGUCUCCUCGACAAAUACAACGGAUCGUUCAACGCGGCAGAGCAAGACGAAUUCAUGUCCCCUAUGGAUAAAAUCGGCCACGGAACACAUUGUGCAUCGACUGCGGCGGGUUCUUUUGUCCAAGACGCGAGCUUCCUCGGUCUAGGUAUGGGAACUGCGAGAGGCAGUGCACCGCGGGCCCGUAUAGCCUCUUACAAAGUGUGUUGGAACAACCAGGAGUGUUUCACACCAGAUAUUGUAAAGGCCAUGGACCACGGCAUAUGUGAUGGCGUCGAUGUACUAUCGCUUUCUCUCGGAUCAGAUAUACCGCUUGAUUUUGAGGUUGAUAGGAGUGAUUUUGCUAUUGCUGCUUUCCACGCCGUUAUGAAGGGAAUCCCCGUGGUAUGCGCAGGAGGGAACGAUGGUCCGCAAACUCAAACCAUCUCCAACGUUGCUCCUUGGAUUAUAACAGUUGCGGCUACGACCAUGGACCGAGAGUUCUUCACGCCCAUCACUCUUGGAAACAAUAUAACCGUACUGGGUCAAGAAGGUCUAUACACCGGAAAAGAAGUCGGAUUCACUGAUCUUCUUUUCUUCAACGACCUGACGAAAGAAGAUUUCAAAGCCGGCAAAGCUAAGGGAAAAAUCUUGUUUUUCUUCCACACAGAAAAAAUUCAAGAAGAUUUUGUGGUAUACGCUGAAUCAAAAGGUGCCGCUGGUGUCAUUAUUGCGUCGCAGCCAAUGGAUAGUGUCGAACCGAGCAGCGCGGAUAUUGCUUGUGCCUAUGUAGACUACGAACUUGGGAUGGACAUUUUAUUGUAUCUCCAAACAACCACAUCGCCAAUAGCUAAGAUCAGCCCGACCAAGACAUUCGUUGGUCGACCUUCAGCGACUAAAGUCGCAAGAUUUUCGUCUAGAGGACCCAAUUCACUUUCUCCUGCCAUUCUCAAGCCGGAUAUAGCAGCACCAGGUUCAGGUAUACUCGCAUCCGUACCAUCACGAUUUGAAUUCAUGUCAGGAACAUCGAUGGCUACACCUGUCGUGUCAGGAAUAGUUGCACUUCUAAGACAAAAACGCCCCGACUGGUCUCCUGCCGCGAUACGAUCUGCUCUGGUCACAACUGGAGCACAACCGAAUGACUUAUUGACCAUUGCAGCUUUGCAAACCGACCCAUCGGGAGAGCCUAUUGCAGCCGAGGGUUCCCCACGUAAACUCGCUGAUCCGUUUGACUACGGAGGCGGUCUCGUGAACCCAGCGAAAGUAGCGGACCCAGGACUUGUGUACGACAUGGGAUACGAUGAAUAUGUUCAUUACUUGUGCUCCGCAGGGUACGACGAUAGAUCCAUCUCAAGACUACUUGCCAAAUCCUACACUUGCCCUUCCCCAACUCCAUCCAUGCUUUACGUCAACUUGCCUUCAAUCACAAUCCCAUAUCUCAGUGAAGAGAUUACCAUAACUAGAACCGUGACCAAUGUUGGUCCGGUUGGUUCGGUUUACAAAGCUGUGAUCGAACCGCCCCUUGGUAUUAACCUGCAGGUGAGUCCCGAGACUCUUGAGUUCGGUGCCAACACCAACAAGAUUACAUUUACGGUUAACGUCUCAACGACUCAUACAGUGAAUACUGAUUAUCUCUUUGGGAGUUUGACUUGGACCGACAAUGGAUCUCAUAAUGUCAGAAUCCCUCUUUCUGUGAGAACAAGAGUUUUGAAUUUCAAGAUCUAA